AGGCUGGGGUCAAGGCAUCAAGAGCCACCACACACAGACAUGUCAAGGAAUUUGGCUACAGUUGUCGUAUUCCUCUUGUUAAGCCACUCCUGAACCACAGACAACGUCAGAGGCGUCUUACCUGGGCUAAGGAGAAGAAGAACUGGACUGUCGCCCAGUGGUCCAAAGUCCUCUUUUCAGAUGAGAGCAAGUUUUGUAUUUCAUUUGGAAACCAAGGUCCUAGAGUCUGGAGGAAGGGUGGAGAAGCUCAUAGCCCAAGUUGCUUGAAGUCCAGUGUUAAGUUUCCACAGUCUGUGAUGAUUUGGGGUGCAAUGUCAUCUGCUGGUGUUGGUCCAUUGUGUUUUUUGAAAACCAAAGUCACUGCAUCUGUUUACCAAGACAUUUUGGAGCACUUCAUGCUUCCUUCUGCUGACCAGCUUUUUAAAGAUGCUGAUUUCAUUUUCCAGCAGGAUUUGGCACCUGCCCACACUGCCAAGAUGCUGAUGUUUUAAAACAACAGUGCAGCAAUAAGAUUAUAAGGAAUGCUCUUUAUUCUGUGUCCUUACCGGCAGCAAGAUUUUUUUGGUCUUCUUUAUUCGGUAAUAUCUCUUGGGUUAAAGCAUGGAAACUGCCAAAUAAGUUUUGUAUCAAUAACAAAGUUAAGGAAGUGUCUCACAAAAUACUUCAUAGAAUUUAUCCUGCUAAGCAUGUUUUGAAAAGAUUUAAGCUUAAUAUUUCAUAUUCCUGUGAUUUUUGUGGUCAAGAAAAAGAAACUAUUUUGCAUCUUUUUUUUUCAUUGUCUUUACUCAAGAUUAAUUUGGAAGGAUUUGGAAUUUUAUAUUAACAGAAAAAUGGAGAGUAUGAUAGAAAUUUGUAUAUUUGAUGUACUUUUUUAUACAGAAAAAGAAAAUUUGAAUUGUAAAGAACAACAUAUUAUACAUUUGUUUAUUUUGUUAGGAAAAUUCCAUAUACAUAAAAAGAAGUGGGCUCAAUGUAAACCAAAUUUUGCACAUUUUAUAAAUGACUUUAAAUUAUAUGUAAAUCUUUUGGAACAAACAAAAAAGCACUGAAAACAUGUAAUGCUCUGAAAGCAUUGAAAUGUAUGUAAUUUUCUUCCUUUUUUUUUUCUCUCUCUCUCUCUCUCUCUGGCAGCUAAUGUUAAUUUGAUUAUGUGGAUAUGUAAUACCUCUUGUUCUUGUGGCACUGAAUCAAAGCAUAUAAAAAAAAAUUUUUUAAAAAAAACUAAUUAAUAUUCAUUAGUUUAUCCUAACCGUUAAUUCGCCAGUUAUCUAACGCCCACUUUUCAACGUCUGCCUUUCAGCCAAUCAGCUAUUAUUUUUGGGCGAGCGUCAGUUUAGGUAAUAAAUAUUCAUGAUAUGGAGAAGAAAGAAAAAAAAAAAGAAAGCCUUCACGUCCUCGCCAGUAGGGUCCGUUCACAUCGAACACAUUUUUAUGUCGGACCCUAAACGCUCACCUUUAAAUGACUUUCUGUCAGCCAAUCAAUUGUGAAGUUUGGCUUCCUGGGCGAGCGUCUUGUUACGUAAUUAAUAUUCAUGAGUAUCGCCUUCACCAUAGUAGGUUUCAUUAGCGCAGCAGUAUUGUCUCGAGUCUCUUUCUCCUGCAUAUUAGACGUGUCGCUCAGUCAGUCCUGUGGAUGCAUUGUAAACCCUGUGAAUUCCAACAUAUCUGCUUCCUUUAGGAGUUUACUGCACGAAAACAAUGGGAGAAAUAAGACUGCCCAGGCAUAUGUUUUUGUGGUGCCUAUCUGCAAUCCACAUGUUUGCUUUUGCGUCUCUUUAUGUGCAGAUUCCAGGUGAGUGUGCCAAGAUUUUGUUAGUUGAACUUGCAUGCAUUAAUCUGUACUUUUGCAUCCAAAGAGUUGUAUGCAUCCAUAAGACACACAUUUCUAAAUGGAAAUAUAUGUUUGUCUCCCGUUCAUCUGAAGUUGAAUGUACUGCUAGAUAAAUGGUUUGUUGAAGUUAGUGUUGAAAUGUCCAGGAUGUUAACUUCAGCACUUUUACAGUGCAUAGAUACAGUAUUAGACAUGACAACAAAUGAAAGUAACAUUACUAUAUACGUAAAUGGGUGCUGAUUUUGCAGAACUGUGUGCAAAACUUCUUAGAUUAGAUAAAGGAGCAUGUUGAUGCCUGUUCAGAAACAUUCAGACAGUAAAAGCAGAGAGAUGCUCUAAAUUUUCAUUCUAGCACAAAUGCAUGCAGAAAGUCACACUUACAAAAAAGUGCCAUGAUCUUACCAUGUUUUUAGACAUGUGGUAUGGUAAUGCCAUUAUAUUUAUAUAUUUUGCAGUACCAUGUUAUUGGCAUUUGAUGCCAUCACUGUACCAUGCUACUGCCACAGUACUGUUUUGUCAGUCUCUUAAACACUCAGUGACUCUUUCUCUCUCUACUACUGUAGGUCUGUAUGGAAAUGAGGGUUUGUUACCUGCACGGUGGAUGCUGCGGGUUUCUAGUAAAAGUGUUCUGGAGCAGCUGAAGGAUUCUCCCACCCUGCUGUGGUUCGGUCCUCAUCUGGGUUUGGACACCCAGCAGUGCAUGGAGCUGCUCAGCCUCACCGGAGCUCUCAUCAGUUUAAUGGCGACAGCUGUACCUGUGCUCAGAGACUGCAGAGUGUUCCUGGUGCUUUGGAUACUCUACCUGUCCCUCUGCCAGGUGGGCCAAGUCUUCCUAUAUUUCCAGUGGGAUAACUUGUUGUUGGAGAUGGGCUUCUUGGCCGUUCUCGUCGCUCCCAUAAACAUGCCCUGGCCUUCGAAAGUGUGUCUCCAUGACAACGUGACUUUCUGGCUGGUGCGCUGGCUGUUGUUUCGGCUGAUGUUUGCAUCAGGUGUCGUCAAACUUACCAGCCGAUGUCCCACCUGGUGGGGUCUGACAGCUUUAACCUAUCACUAUGAGACCCAGUGUAUACCGACCCCGCUGGCUUGGUUUGCUCACCAGUUGCCGGUGUGGUUCCAGAAACUCAGUGUGGUGGGAACAUUUGUUAUCGAGAUUGCUGCUCCCUUCCUGUUCUUCAGCCCUAUACGAAGACACAGGCUGACCGCUUUCUAUAUGCAGGUCCUGCUUCAGGUGUUGAUAAUUCUGUCUGGGAAUUAUAACUUCUUUAAUAUCCUCACGAUCACUCUGUGCCUCUCUCUGCUGGAUGAUCAACAUGUGAACUUCUGGCUCCGCAGACCCACACCAAAGACAGAGAGCUCAUCCUUGCAGACGCUCUUGUCUGGUUUGAUCGUGAUGUUAGAAGUUGGCGUAUAUGCUCUGCUUGCCUACUGGACUGUAAUCUAUUUUGACCUGCAGGUGGACUGGGACAAGAAAAGUGUCUCCUCCAAGACAGCAUUUACGUAUUUUGAGUUCAGUGGGUUUCUGAAGGCAGUCACGAUGCCCAGUAUCUGGAUGGGUGUGCUGUCUGUCACCUGGGAGAUCAUCACUGCUAUGUUUAAGAGUGCUUGUGUGAGGGGAGUGUUCUGGCGUCUCUGGAGUACAAUCCAAUGGGCAGUUAUGUCUGCAGCUACAGUCUCAAUGUUUGCCAUCAGCCUGGUUCCCCACACCUUCAUUGAAUAUGAGGCCAACAGUAAUCUCUGGCCUGGCAUCCGGACAGCAUAUGAGAUAACAGACCGCUACCAGCUGGUUAACUCGUACGGACUGUUCCGGAGAAUGACCGGGGUUGGAGGUCGUCCAGAGGUGGUCAUUGAGGGCAGCAUGGAUCGCAACACAUGGACGGAAAUAGAGUUCAUGUAUAAGCCAGGGAACAUGAGUGCAGCGCCCCCUGUGGUGGCUCCACACCAGCCCAGACUGGACUGGCAGAUGUGGUUUGCUGCUCUGGGGCCGCACACACAAAGCCCCUGGUUCAGCAGCCUCUUACACCGACUACUACAGGGCAAACAAGAUGUGAUACGACUUAUUCAGACAGACGAUUCUCAGUAUCCGUUCAGUAAACAGCCUCCUGUUUAUCUCCGAGCUCACCGCUACAAAUACUGGUUUACCGAGCCGAAAGAAGACGGAUCGUACCCUCAGCGAUGGUGGAGGAGGGUGUAUGUGGAGGAGUUCUAUCCCACAGUGCACCUCGGUGACUCUUAUCUGGAACAUAUGCUAGUUCAACAUGGUCUCAAGGAUAAAGCUCCUUUGAGGCGGGGUUCGAAUGCUUGGUUGCCACUGUUAUUGCGGCAUGUUGGCGAACAUGUCCGUGAGAUGCCAGCUCCUCUUCUGCUUUUGGCUCUCUUCAGCUCGACAGCAAUGGUCUGUCUUCUCAACUCUCUACGGUCACGCGCACAUCAUCACCAACACGAGUCCCACCAGGACAAACACAUGGAUAAACAGACCACAAAUGCAUCAUGCUCCAACAUGGCAGAGAAGGAUGAGAAGAAACGUGAGGAAGAAACUAAAGAGGAGGCAGAGGAAGAUGAACUGAUAGUUGAGGAAGAUGCAACAAUGACAUGCGAAGAGAAACAGGAAGAAGAUAUGAGCUUAGAAGAAAGGGAAGUGGAAAGCAUCAGGAAAAGGAAACGAUGAGCUGUAGUUUCUCAAUUCAACUCCAGACUCUAAUCGCAGUUCGGGGUAAAUACAUCAGCACGUAUUUAUACUUCCAUUAUGUCAUUACAUUCACACUGGUUUUCUGUUUUCACAGGUAUAUUUGAGACAGGUAGGCAGUAUAGUGAAACAUUUACAUUUACCAUUGGUGUACUAGAAGUUCAAGGUUAAGUAAAAUUGAUAGUAAAAAACAUAAGCGCUUGCCUGAUUCAGACACAAUAAAAGAGCAAAAUUACAAGAACGUUUUGGCCCUUUGAUUGGUCUAAAUGCAAAACAUGAAAAACAAGGUAGGUUAUUUUAUUCCCGGCUGUCUGCCAAGUGCUUGCACACUACACUACAUGAUGCCAUGUUCACAAAAACCCACAGUGUGUCUUCCAUGUCUCUUUGAAACAUAAAAAUGAUAACUUCACAUCUUGAUGCACAUAUUCCGUGCUGUGCCUUAUGAUUAACCUAGAAUUAAAAGCCAAGUAUGGUUACAGGUGUCCAAAAAAUAUGAGAUUCAAAUCAUUUUAAUUGAUGUGGAAAAUAGUUGUAAUAUGAAGAUAUUUAAAUUCAAUUGUUUUUCACUUUGACCGUCAUCUUGUAUGUGUUCUAGUAUGUAUCGGACUGUAACUGGUCAUGGUCUUUGUCGUAAGAUAUGUGUAUUGUAUAUGUUUAACCACUGUGAUCACUUUAAGAUGUGCAUAGACCCUGUUGUGUAAAGCCUUGCACAUUUAUUGUGUUAAUAUGAGCGAUGUAAGAUGGAAAAAGAAAAACCGCUUUAAUGUUUUGUAAUAUAAUAAAUAUGCACUGAAAUAAGUGCCUUUUAUUUCCAAAGAUUUAACAAAGCAACUGUACUAUAGGCUAAUACCUCACAAUUUAAAGUAGAAUAUUUUUUUUUAUCUUCUAUCAAUACAUGAAUACACAAGAUAAAGUCUACAUGUCAAUUUCUAAAGCUUGAAUAUACAUAUAUGAGCUGAACAUUAAUAAUGCAUUUUGCAAUUGCAAAGAACAAAAAGGUCAAUGCAGGUCCAUGGAUUGCUCCCUUCAAUUAGUUAUAUCAGUAAAUUAUAUCAUAAAAUGAAAACUAGAUUUGUACGUUGUCAAAACUAAGGUCUGAAGCAUACUUUACACAAGUCAACGUGCAUACUUUGCCAAAGUGCGUUCCUUUUGUUUAUACAUAACGUGCACACUUGCGUUACUGUGGCGGUAAUAAUUCUCAGUAUUCAAUGGGGCCAGGGCCACAUUAAGAUACUGUGGGGCCCCGGGGCUCAGCGUUACGUGAGGGCCCCCCUUGCAGCCUGGUGUGGUGUGGUGGAGGGUGGUGUUAUCUAUUCCUUAUUAGUACUAUUACUAUUGUACUAAAGGCUAAAACAUACUCUACUGGACGGACAGUUGCCAGACCAAAUGCUUGAAAAUUGCUUUUUUUUUUUUUUCUAAUUUAAUUGUUUAUUUUUCAUUCCAAAUUACAUUAUGAGCAUAACAGUUUGAGUAAAAGUUUAACUGUUAAUAUCACAAAUUUGCUUGAUUUUAGUGAUCUACAAAUUGUGGAAUCCUAAAUAUUUCUAUUUAAUUUUAUAUCAUUUUUCAACAUUCUGAAAAUGUUUUUCCGAUUCUGAAUCAGACUUUUGAACCCCACUUUGUGCGUUUGUGUUUGCUUGUUUCCCUUAAUAGGCUAAUGCAUUUUUGAGAUUCCCCAUCGUGGUUUAAAAAGCGUGAAUGUGAAUUUAACCGCACUUAAUCAAGCUUGUGUAGCUAGAAGCGCCUGCGUUCGUGCACUUGUGUAGAGUAUGAUUUAGCCUUUAGUAUGAAUAAUAGUAAUAGUACUAAGUGAAGUGUACAGUAGUUUGCUCAUGAGACCUAUCAAAGAAAGAGAGCUUGAAGAAUUCAGUGUGUGUCAUAGGAAUAAAAUGGUAGAUUGG